AUGGCCAAACGACCUCUGUACAGCAGUGGUUUUAUUAGUCAUAAACGAAGAGCUCAUCACGUUACACUACAUGAUCAUCAUCAUCAUCAUCCUAAUCCUCCUCAUCAUCAACAGCAUCAUCAUCAUCAACAACAACAUCAUCAUCAGAAGUCCGGUACAGCAUCAACAUCGUCAUACAGUAGCGGUGAUCAUCAGUGUUGCAGCAGCAGCAGGAGCAGUAUCGCCGAUACAACUGCUUUAGCUGUUGUUGGUCGAAUUCUGACGGUCAACGAAGAAACAGCGAACGAUGACAAUGGUGACGGUAGUUGUUCACAAUUUGAACGAAUAUCGGCAACGAACUUUGAUUUUCUGUUAGUUUUAUUGCUGCUAAUGCUGUUGCUUGAAAAUUUCCAAAAACUAAAGAGUGAAAACUAUCUGAAGUAUAGUUUGAUAUUUAGUUGUAUUAAAAAUGAAGGGAAUGGAAACGGAGUGGAAAAGGAGGAAGAAGAAGAAGAAGAGGAAGAAGAAGAAGAAGAAGGGUGGAAGAAUGAAGAGAGGUGA